CUCCUUGGUUGUUUUGAUGUCGGCUGGUUUUGUAGUCAUUUAUCAUAAGGAGAAGCAAAACUUUUCCUUAGUCUGUUUAAUUGUGUUUUACUGGAAAGAAUACGCAGAAUAACCUUUAAAAUGGGCAGAAGUCGAAGUUGAUUAAGGAAACUGAGUGGCGAAUUAAGGUAAACAUUACUUAAGCCAUUAGCUGUCCUGUUCACUGGCUAGCAAAGAGCUCGUUACUCUGUCAUUAAAGUUGGGUUCAACAUGGAUUGUACGGCGCUGGAAGUCGACGCUUUCAAAUUCGCGAAAACUGCUGUAACCUAUGACCAGAAUGCCAAAUAUAAUGAGGCUGUGUUUUAUUAUAAGGAGGCAGCCCAGGCUCUUAUAUAUGCAGGCAUGGCAGGGUCCAAACUGGAGGGGCUCCAGGACAAAGUGAGUGAAUACUUGGACCGUGUUCAGGCUCUCCACAAUGCAGUACAGUCCCAGAAGAGCGACCCGCUGAAGUCGCGCCAUCAAGUGGAUCUGGAGCGUGCCCACUUCCUGGUUACCCAGGCCUUUGAGGAAGAUGAGAAGGGGAAUGAUGAUGAAGCUGUAGAGCUGUACACUCAGGCAGUGGAGCUGUGCAUCAAAACAUCAAACGAGUCAUCCGACCAAAGUCUUCAGAUGAAGUUGAAGCAACUGGCUCGUCAAGCUUUGGACAGAGCGGAAGGUCUUAAAGAGUCGCAGUCCAAAUCGAACUCGGCACAGUCUCAGGACAGAACAAAGCCCGGCAACAGCUCUUGUUCUGGUGGACCGGUGCGUCAGUUUUUCCCCCUUGGUCCAGACUUCUCCCUCCAUGACCGACAGCAGCCUCAACCAAUCAGAGCGGUCCAGUCAAGUGAACCCCAGGGUCAGCGGUACACAUCAGAGGAGAUCGAGGUCCUCAGGAGUACAUCUACAAUCAACGGCAUCGCCUAUGUGCCCUUUAUGAGUGUGGACUUAAAGGAACGAUUUGCCUUCCCUGUGCCCUUCUCAGACAAAACUGGGAAACUCGCCCUGUCACCCAAACAGAAAGCCAUUUUCUCCCGCUGGGUUCGACCAGAUGAGAUCUGCAAUAAUCCCACCAUGAUCAUGUCUGUGUCCAGCUUCAGCAUCAAACAGACAGUAGUCUCUGACUGUUCAUUUGUGGCUUCACUGGCCAUCAGUGCAGCUUAUGAGAGGCGUUACAACAAGAAACUCAUCACCAGCAUAAUCUACCCUCAGAACAGGCGAGGGGAGCCAGAGUAUAAUCCUUGUGGAAAGUACAUGGUCAAACUUCACAUCAACGGAGUGCCCAGAAAGGUGAUUAUUGAUGACUACCUGCCAGUGGAUCGUAACGGAGAGCUGCUCUGCUCCUACUCUAGUAACCGGAAUGAGUUAUGGGUUUCCCUGAUAGAGAAGGCCUACAUGAAGGUGAUGGGUGGCUACGAUUUCCCCGGCUCCAACUCGAAUAUUGAUCUGCAUGCACUCACUGGCUGGAUCCCUGAGCGCAUUGCUAUGCACUCUGACAAUCAGUCAUUCAACAAGGAAGACACCUUCCGCAUGCUCUUCCAAAGAUUUCAUAGGGGUGAUGUUCUCAUCACCACAGCAACAGGAGUGAUGACUGAGGAGGAAGGGGAGAGAUGGGGCUUAGUGCCAACACAUGCCUAUGCAGUUCUUGAUAUCAGGGAAUACAAGGGAAUGCGUUUCCUGCAGCUGAAAAAUCCGUGGAGUCAUCUGCGGUGGAAGGGGCGCUACAGUGAGCGAGAUGAGAAAAACUGGACUCCAGAGCUCCUUAAAUACCUCAACUUUGACCCCAAGACAGCACAGAAGUUUGAUAAUGGGGUUUUCUGGAUUUCAUGGGAGGAUCUCUGUCAGUAUUAUGAUGUCAUUUAUCUAAGCUGGAAUCCUGCACUGUUUAAGGACUCCUCCUGUAUUCACAGUAGCUGGGAUGGAAAGCAGGGACCUGUGAAGGACGUCUACAGCCUCGCAAAUAAUCCUCAGUACAAGCUGGAGGUCCAGUGUCCAGCAGGGGGAGCCGCUGUGUGGGUGCUGCUCACCAGACACAUCACAGACAAGGACGAUUUUGCUCAAAACAGGGAGUUUAUCACACUGGUUGUUUACAAGACAGAAGGCAAGAAGGUUUACUACCCAGCCGACCCUCCUCCUUAUAUCGAUGGGAUCCGCAUCAACAGCCCUCACUAUCUGACCAAGAUACGGCUGACCUCUGCAGGAACACACACCUUCACACUCGUGGUUUCUCAGUAUGAGAAGCAGAACACCAUCAACUACACUCUGCGGGUCUACACUGGAUGCAAAUUCACCUUUGCCAAAAUCCCAAAUCCCUUCACUCACACUAAAAGGAUCAAUGGCCAGUGGAAAGGAGUCAGCGCCGGCGGUUGUGGGAACUACAAGGACUCAUACAAAAACAACCCCAUCUACCAAAUAAACCUGGAGCGGCCCGCCCCCCUGCUGGUGGAGCUGCGAGGUUCCAGGCAGUACAGUGUCGGGUUUGAGAUGGUAACAGUGUCAACGGUGGGUGAUCCAGGAACGGCUCCUUUCCAGAAGAAGAACAGUGGAGAUUACAGAUGCGGUUUCUGCUACAUGGAGUUGGACCAUGUCCCAGCAGGCAUCUACAACGUCACCCCCACCACCUUCUUGCCUAAACAGGAAGGACCUUUCUUCUUGGACUUUGCCAGCACUUCUCCCCUCAAAGUCUCCCAGCUCCAGUGAUGACAGAGCGCAGGACAAAAAAAACAAACAGAAAAGGGCAAGAAGGUAACGUGGAGAAGAAGGCAUUAUGGGAUCUUCAUAGGACUGCAGUUUAAAAAUGAAUGAAAUAAUGAGCGCUUCCUGCAGCUGCUUUACUUCCCCUGCCUUCACACAGUGCAGCCUCUCCAAGUUUAAAUGGACAGAUGGUUGGUUCUCUGUUAAAUGAACCAAGAACAAUGCCUAAUUCUAUGAAAAACAAAGUUUGAUAAACUAUUAUAAAAAAUAAUCUAAUCAUGGGACACAAGACAUUGGCAUGAAAACAUAAAUGCAAGGUAGUUGCUGCCCUGGUCAGUUUAUGUUCACUCAUCAUUGGCAUGGAUGUCAAAAUACUUUUGGUCUUUUCAAGAGACAUUUGAACUUUUUUUUUUUUUUCCCCGCCCCCGAGUGGAAUAAUUACCAACAUACUUUACAGUGUAUUUUAUUUAUUUAUUUGUUUUUUAUGUGAAUCAAGUCCACAAUUUAUUUUUAACUUUUUCCCUAAUCGACAGAAAUGAAAAUAUUUACAUACACUCCACUAAUAUUUGAAAUAGUUUCAGAAAAACCAACAAGAUCUUGAAAUAAUUCUGGGUGAAUAUUGAUCCUCUUCUUAUCAUCUGCUGAAUUACACCGCUCUCAUUCAGAAACAACCAAUCAGAGCCGGGAGGUGUGUCUUAAUGCGGUUAAUCAUCCUCAUGUACAUGCUCCUUCUAGCUCACCACAAGGUGCUAUUAGCAUGGUCACUGGUGAUGGAUGAUACAAAUUUUCUGUAACGUUAAGUUGCUUCUCCACCAGUUGCACAUUAAGCAGCACUUACAUAAGGUUGAUUGACUACAUCAGGACCCUCCUCCUGGCUCUGAUUGUUUUUUUCUGAUCGGGAACGGUUUAUUUUUGAAGAUGACAGUAGAAGCACUGGCAUGAGCUUUCACAAAUGAUCUCACAUGUUACAAACAAAUAUGUUAGAGAAAACAUUGUUCACAAAAUUAAUACUGCAGCUUUAAGAUAGAUGUAUUAUUUAUUUCAAUAGCAUAAUGAAACACUGGAAAAUUAAAUGCAGGUCUUUAACAAUUAUUGAUAAAGAAGAUUUUUUUUUUUACCUCUAUUUCCUGCUUUCUUGUUGCCAUUUGGAGGCUUAAAAACAUCAAUAUUUUUCAUGGGUUUUUUUCUGUCUUUCAUGUUUUUAAUUUUAAGAGUGCCUAAGAAAAAUGGGUCUCAUGCCAUAUUUUAGACCCAAGGAAAACAGGAAGUAGUCGAUUAAAAUUAAGAAUGAAAGUGUUUCAGUCACAUUUAUGGGGGGAUUUUUCAAUGUGAGAUCAAUCUACAACUAUAAAAAUGAAGGAUUUCACACAUGUUUGUGUCCUUUAAGUAGAUGUGUAAAAUGAUUGCCAAGUUACUGAAUGUGUCCCAACAUCACAGUUUGGUUCUCAAGUUCCUAAAGCUCAUGAAGUUGCUUUACUUUUAAAAAUAUCAAAACAAAAUAUCAAAAAAUGUUUUCUUGAGUUAGCUAUCAAAUCAGUCAACUAUUACUUAAUAUAAAAGAGAAAAACCUGCUGAAACGGUAACAUCUUGUAAAGUGUUGCCACCAAUUAUUUGCUAACAAUGUCAAAUGGCAGGAAAUGUUCUUCUUCUGAACCUUGUCGUGGUUUUUAAACUCAGGAGCAGCACAGGGAAUCCAGCAUGGCAGCAUCUGAAUGAUGUCUGCUCUUUGUGUCUCAGUGUGGUGCUGAGUCUUCACUGCAGCACCUGCUUCUGGCAGGUGUCACUGUACUGUAUGUGUUCUACCUAAGUCUUUAUUGCCAAGUAUCAUUGUUCUGUUUAUCUUUGCUGUGCAGCACUUUUUUUCAUGUUUAUUAUCAAACUACAGUUGUGGAGGAAAUUAAAAUGUGAUUUUUUUUUCUCAACCAACCCUGUCAGUUAAAUAUCUGCUACUCACCAGGAGAAUAAAACUUGGAUCUGUUCUUUAUACUAGAUUUCACUCAAUUAGGGCUUCAUAAAUGAGUGAAUAUUUUUAGACUCACUGGAGUUUAGUGGAGCUGAGAUUAUUUUUGACUUUUGAAAUGUAGAAAUUUAGGACAAGUUCUUCCCCACUUUGGUGAAUUGAAUUUGCUAAAAUUUUAUGAAGUCAGUAGCUCCAUACUGUUACUGCUAAACUUCAGAAACACACUGCUCAAAAAAAGAAAGGGAACACAGUGUUCCCUUUCUAAGUGGAUGAAAUGGGUUUCAUUUUAUUUUCAAUUUAAAAACUGAAUAUCAUGACACUAGGGAUUAUUGUUUACUCAAAAAAACUGUUUGAACAUUUUCAAAGAAUGACUAGUCAUAUUACAUGACUCGUUUUAGAUCUGCACAGAUGAGUCUCACCUUCUGUGCUUUCAGUUAUGACCUUUCCAUUCAAACUCAUUAGAUUUCCCAGAAUGCUGCCAAAUGUCGACUAUAAUAUUUACCAUACAGCAUAAAACUGACUUUUAUUGACAAAAAUGUUCUGCUGCUUUACACUCUAGUUAUUUUAAAGAUUUAAAUCCAUGUUUUUGACUCACUGUGUGCCCCCAUGUGCAGUAGUAUGACUGGCUGUAAAUGAAAUAUUGGCUGAGCCAAAAUUUAACAAAAGGGUAAAAUGAUCUUUUUACAUGUUUCUUUGAAUUGUCCAUUAUACAGAAUUUCUGUGUAAUGGUUGAUACAUAAUUUAUUGUCAUAAAAGCCAUUUUUCAUUCUAUUUUAUUUCUUUGAUUUGUUUACCAGUGAAGAGGUCUACAAAUGCAGCAGGACAAUCUUGUACCAGCCUGUUGUUGUAUGAAUGUUGAUGUAAUGUUUGCUGAACUUGCACUAAAUGUUGAAUAGACUGAUGUGAUGAACUCAAAGUUUAAAUACAGGGAAAUGAUUAUAUCA